AUGACGUCGCUCAUGGGUCACCCAAGUGGUCAGACCGUUGGGUAUUCCUUCUCCCAGCCGACAGCUGCUCCUGUCAAAGAGCAUUCCUUCUACCCGUACACCGACAAUGGCGGUUCCACCUUGGGCAUCACGGGCUCUGAUUUCGCUAUCCUGGCCGGCGACACCCGCUCCACGAGUGGGUACAACAUCAAUUCUCGCAUGGUGCCGAAGGUCUUCAAGAUUGGUGGGGACGACGAUACUGGCAAUGGAGCCCAUAUCCUUCUCUCGGUCGUUGGUUUUGCCGCGGACGGCAAUGCUCUCAAGGAACGACUGGAUGCCGUGGUGAAGAUGUACAAAUACCAACAUGGGAAAUCCAUGUCGGUAUCAGCAUGUGCGCAGCGCCUGUCCACCAUUCUAUAUGGGAAGCGGUUCUUUCCUUACUACGUGCACGUCAUCCUGGCCGGUUUGGACGAGGAGGGCAAGGGAGCUCUGUACAGCUACGACCCCGUGGGUUCAUACGAGCGGGAGGAAUGCCGUGCGGCCGGUGCAGCAUCAAGCCUGAUCAUGCCCUUCCUCGACAACCAGGUUAAGUUCAAGAACCAGUACGUGCCUGGCAGCGGCGAGGGCCACGCGCUACAACCGAAGAAGGCGGAGCCUCUGCCCCGACAGACGGUGGAACAGCUCGUGCGGGAUGCGUUCACCAGUGCCGUGGAGCGACACAUCGAGGUGGGUGAUAACUUGCAAAUGAUGACCAUCACCCGGGAUGGAAUUGAGGAGGUGUUCCACCCGUUGAAGAAGGAUUAA